CAAACUCUACACUACGCACCCAAACAGUCCCUUAUCAGUAGGGUUUUAGCUCCGAAAACCCUUCAAUUUUUGGGAUAAACCAAUAAACCCCAUUUCAACAUCAGCUCGAAUUCGUCCACACAAAGGGAAGGAAAAUGGCUAUCGCCGCCGCCAGAUCCGUUUUCCGGUCGUCAGCCGUCCGUAGGGCCGCCACGAGGCUGGCGUCCCAAGCGAAGUCCGCUCCCUCCCCCUCGCCGUUCCGCCUCCCCUCCAGAACUCCCUUACUAGCUCAUCGCAUCUUCCGGUCGCCUGCUGAACUGAGUGCGUGCGUGGAGUCGAUGCAGCCGUUCCACACCGCCACUGCCUCAGCGUUGAUGACAUCGAUGCUCACCGUCUCUCGAUUCGGUUACGGUUGGCUCCCUGAAGCUUGCAAUGAUGAUGUGUGAUGGUCUUUGGAAGCCAAGGGAUAAAAAUUCUGCCAAACCUUGUUCCUACUAGUCAUGGUUGUUGUGGAAGUGAGGAAAGUCUUGAUUGAGCUUGAAAAGGGCCAAUUGUACUGUAUUCAGACACGAAAGAACUGUCGAAUAUUUCAAUUUUGUUAUGAAUAUGCCUAAAUACCAUCUUUCUCUGGUUUUUGGUGUUCAAAUUUACUGAUAGAAAAUAAGAUACAAAUUAUGCUCAUAUGUGCGCUAUCAAUGCUUAGUAUUUGUUUGAAGUAUUUACUGAUUAUUUGCACAUGUAUCAGAUUGCACUAAUGAUCUGUGAUCAGUACCAGAUCUUUCAAGGUCCUCAUUCAAUAUUCUGAUAUGUAGUCGGAAGACUCCAUGUUUGUUGUUUAGGUCUCGAACAUUUUUCCAGUUUGAACACGAGCCUUGCAUGCCGGUUCUGUUCUGUUUUAGUUAGUCUUGUUUUUGAAUGGUUUGCUCAGUGGAGAGCAUGCUGUAAAUUACUUGACAAGAGAAAACAAAUGUGAUGUUAAUGGACAAGAAGUUAAAUGAAUUUUUUUCAUCCUUGCUUUUUGCCAGGUAUCGAUGAUGCAUAAUGGAAGUAGUGGCAUCUCGUCUUUGAAGCUCUGGCGUCAGUUUGCUCUGUCCAUUUAAUCCCUUCGUCUUCUAUUUGGAUAAUUAUUUUUUUACCUCAACAGCAUAAUUUUAUAGUAAAACAUAAGACAUAUUAGUAUUAUUAUUCGAUAUAAACAUGUCGUUACAACAGCAGUAUCAUAGAUUCUGAUCUCGACAACAUUUAGCUUUCUACAAGAUCAAUUGUGUGUUAA